UAUUCCUAAAAACCUAUCCUCUUUUGCUAAGAAGGGAUACCUCUUCUUCUAAGUUGCGGUGUAGACGCAGGGGAGUGUUGUUGAGAGUUUAGUUCACAUGUUUUACAUGCAACGCCUCCUUCCUCUUGCUUAAUCCCUCCAGACUUCAUUCCAAACUCCUCUAACUGCAGUGAAAAUAAGUGAAAAUUGAAAGGUCAAUAAGCCUACAUCAAACAACUCACAGCCGCAAAGUCUGCCAGAGUGAUUGAAGGGCCUGAUUUGAAAUGCAAAGUAAAGAAAACUGAACCAGAUUUCUGUGCCUCUGGAUCUUACUUUCCUGAAGCUAGUUUCAUCUCCAAAUUCAAGCAAAAAGCUGUUUCUCUCUCCUAUCACCAACAUCACAUAUGUGUGCAUAAUGAGAAAUGUGUUCCUUGAAAAUGGAUCUGCCUUCUCAUGUCUCACCAGCAAGCAUUAUAGAAACAAUUGCUUUCGAACUAGCGUGCAGUCCGGUAGAUAAGAAAGUCGCUCUGCACUUAGAUGAAGAAGAUGAGCUAAAACACCUUCGUGAAUGUUUCCACAUUCCCAAAGUGACGGAUCUGCCUCCAACCAGUCCAACUUUAGUGGAGGAGGAUGAAAACUGCAUCUACUUUGCUGGACACUCUCUUGGUCUUCAACCAAAGAAAAUUAAAACUUACUUGGAUGAAGAACUUGACAAGUGGGCUAAAGUAGGUGUCCAUGGUCAUUUCAAUGGUAAACGUCCUUGGGCCUUAGGAGAUGAGUGCAUUGUUGAGCUUAUGGCUGACCUUGUGGGGGCUCGUAAUGAGGAGGUAGCAUUAAUGAAUGGUUUGACAGUUAAUCUACAUCUCCUAAUGUUGACAUUUUUUAAGCCUACGUUCUAUCGCCAUAAAAUCCUUUUAGAAGCCAAAGCAUUUCCUUCUGAUCAUUAUGCUGUUGAGUCUCAGCUCCAGAUUCAUGGGCUUGAUAGGGAGAAGAGUAUGCUUAUGAUUCAACCUCGAAAGGUCGCAAUAUCCCAUCUGAGUCCAGACACUGUCGCAAGUCAAAGAAAAGAAGGCAGGAAAAACAGAAAAGGCGGUUUCUUACUGAACAUCCACACAGCCAACCUUUUCGGAGAAGAAACCUUGAGAACUGAAGAUAUCCUUGAUAUAAUUGAGAAGGAAGGAGAUUCAAUUGCUGUAAUUCUUUUCAGUGGAGUACAGUACUACACCGGGCAGCUAUUUGACAUACCAAGGAUAACAAAAGCCGGUCAAGCCAAGGGCUGCUUUGUUGGAUUUGACCUGGCCCAUGCUGUUGGCAAUGUAGAACUACAUUUACACGAAUGGGGAGUUGACUUUGCUUGCUGGUGUUCUUAUAAGUACCUGAAUUCUGGAGCUGGGGGUCUAGCCGGUGCUUACAUUCAUGAGAAACAUUCCAAGACUAUGAAACCAGCUUUAAUAGGAUGGUGGGGUCAUGACUACAAAACCAGGUUUCUCAUGGAAAACAAAUUGCAACUCAGCCCUGGAAUCAAUGGAUUUCGUUUAUCCAAUCCUUCCAUCUUAUUGGUCUGUGCUCUUCACGCAAGCUUAGAGAUCUUUGCUCAAACUACAAUGAAGCGCCUGAGAAGGAAAUCCAUGCUUCUUACUGGCUACUUGGAGUAUUUGAUAAGGCACUAUUACAGCAAAGAUAGAAAUGAUCCUGAGAAGACCCUUAUAAAAACGAUCACACCAUCCCACCCUGAAAAAAGAGGAUGCCAGCUCACCUUACUUUUCUCUGUUCCAAUCAAAGAUGUGUUUAAAGAACUGGAAAAACGAGGAGUCGCUUGCGACAUGCGGGAACCUGAUGCUCUCCGGGUAGCCCCAGUUCCUCUCUACAAUACUUUCCAGGAUGUGUACAACUUCAUUGAAAUCUUAGGAUCAGCAAUUGCAGCUGCAAAGCAGACUGCAAAUUCAAAGUCACUUUCCUGAUCUUAUUGAUGAUAUAACUAUAUCUUUAUCCUCUUCUCCUGACCAAAUGCAUUGGAGAUUUUGAACAUGUUUGGAGGUAUGGGUGGGAUUUCUUCCAGAUUGGGCCAUAUUCUAUUACUUCACUUCCAAAUAUUAAUUCACUUUCAUAUUGGAUUGUAAUGUGCUUUUUAUUAAAACCCAUGCUUUCUCCCUC